GUGUUUUUUUGUGUGUGUGUGUGUGUGGGGGCUUUUUUUUUUCUUUUUUAAGUGCCAGAAUUUGGUGAAAUCACAAAGUGGGAUCAGCAAUGACAAAGGCUUCCUGACUCCAGAACCACACCAUGGCUAUUCGAGAACUAAAAGUUUGCCUCCUGGGGGACACAGGGGUUGGCAAAUCAAGCAUUGUGUGCCGCUUUGUCCAAGAUAUCUUCGACCUCAACGCUCUCCCUACCAUUGGGGCAUCGUUCAUGACCAAGACCGUGAGCUGUGGAAACGAGCUGCAUAAGUUUCUCAUCUGGGACACAGCGGGCCAGGAGCGGUUUCAUUCCUUGGCUCCCAUGUAUUACCGAGGAUCUGCUGCUGCUGUGAUAGUUUAUGACAUCACCAACGAGGAGUCCUUCUACACUCUGAAGAAGUGGGUGAAGGAGCUGAAGGAACACGGGCCUGAGAACAUUGUGGUGGCAAUCGCUGGGAACAAGUGCGACCUCUCAGACAUGAGAGAGGUUCCGGUCAAAGACGCCCUGGAAUAUGCGAAGACAAUCAACGGCAUCUUUGUCGAAACCAGCGCCAAAAAUGCCAUCAAUGUCGCAGAGCUCUUCGAUGGGAUCAGUCAACAGAUUCCGCCUUUGGAUCCUUCCGAGAGAUACAGCAAUGGAGCCUUCAAAGUGGAAAGACACGUGACCCAGCACCGCAAGCGCUGGUGCUGAGGGGCCACCUCAUAGGAAAAACAGCAACAACUUCCACCCGCCAACAACAUUUUCCCACCUAGAGGAGAUCAAAUGGGUGUGGAAGGGUGGGAGGGAAGGGGGUGCCAGAUAUGGUUCCAAUUGCUAUCCAUUAUUCGGGUCUAACUUGCGGGAUUUCUGAAUAAGGAAUCCCGUUCAAAUUCCCAUCCCAGUCGCAGUGAUCUGGUCAGCGUGGUGUAUGGCUGGAGGCCCCGUUUGUACAAAUUGGAUUCUUUAUCGCCGUAUCCCAUGAAGAAACACUGCAAGUUAGACCCUGAUUUACCUGAAGUAAUAAUAGUCUUGAGGUUACACUUGUGCAGUUGAACGCUUAUUCUGUUGUACUGCACUUGUGACAUUACUGUACAAGGUUCUGGUAACAGUAAGUGCACUAUGAAUGAAACGAUCAGCCUAAAUUUGCACUAAAUUUCACAUUUUGACAAGUUGCCAAUUUCAUGCCUUAUAUCUAAAGCCAAGGGUUUCUAUAAGAUGGCACAGAACUGAAAAAGAUUCUCAUGUUCAGUCUUAAUCUGGAAGCUGGUUUUCCGCAGUUCUUAAUAAGAACCAGGUUCCAAGUGAAGACGGAGCUGGAUUCAGACAUUGGCACCAGGAGAGGAGGGGUAAUGUGCCAACUAACUACAAUCCCGUUUCCCCGACCCAAUCUAGACCCAGCAGCUCAUUGCAGAUGUAGUAUUGAGUCUGUGGCCAGCUGGCUUUUUAGUUCACUAGUGUAUCUCAUGAAGAUUUUGUAUCCAAGGGUCAGAACAACAUAAGCAACGAUCAGGGUUCUUUGCUAGGAUUCUCUCUCUCUCUUGUCCUUGUUGAUCCAUCGACUUCCAGCUCCUGCAUUCUACCUGCACAAGAUGAUUACAGGCACUAAUCUUUUUUUAGAUUGCUCAAACCAAUGCUACAUAUUUUUCUGCUGUUCUGUUAUGUCAGCACAGGCUCCUGCUGUGAAGGUGGAUUCCUUUGUAUAUUCCCAGUGCAUCUUUGUUCUUCUUUGAGAGGGCUUUCUUGCAUUGCUGUAGAAACCCUGUGAAGCAAUGUAAAUAUCGUGCUAAAAACUAACAGGUUUAUCCAAGAUGCCAACAAAAAUUGAUCAUUUCCCAAUUUGCAACUUUUUGUUUUACAUUCCUAUCUAUUGUAAUGCCAGGGAAUAAGCAACAAUUUCUAAGCCACAAAUUCCAUCUAGUCUUCGCUUGUAAAUCCAUUAAGAUCAUGUAGAAUUGUGGAUAAUUCACAGAUACAGCCAAAAUUUAGACAGCAGUUCUUUUUAAGAACUGAAAAACUGGCUUCCGAGUGAAGAAUGAAACUAAUAGGUACAGUGACCAUAUUUUGUAAACCAAAUCCAGGGACGCAUAUAAAAAGCUCGCAAUUACUGAUACUGACAGUACUGGAGAAGCUUGUUGGAUUAAUGGCUGUAUUUCUCUGAUGAGUGUAUCUGUCUUGGAAUUGUAUUGUUCUUGCUCAGUUUGUUGCUGAACUCAACAUGGUGCAAAUUUGGCCCAGGGACCCAAUACCUCACCCAGCGACUGUUCCCGGAAAUCGGGGACGUUUUCACGAUUUUCACCCAAGGGCAAAAUUCCACCUGAGACUGUAUUUACUCUAUUUAUGGAAAGUUUUAGUGUUCAGACUUUUGACAAAUUGUUGAAUUCAGUCUUGUCUUUGAAGUCAGUUUUCUCUAGUUUUUUUAAUAGAACUUCUAUAUUAGAAAUCGCCUGAAUCCUACCACCCCAUGCCUCAGUGCAUGUGGCUUCCUUACCCUCUGUUAGAUGUCAUCCAUGAUCUGAUUGCCAGAAUGUCCUUCUAGUGUGUAUGUGUGUGGGUGGGUGACACAGAUACGACCAUCGCAGGCAGGUGAUAUGGAGCAGUGAUGUUCAUAACCAUUGUAUAUGCUCUGAUCUACUCCCCAUUGUCAUCAAUUUCCUCAUCGCUCGAGCAGAACAGCUCUGCUCUGUCACACAUCAGGCUGUCAGUAAUGAAUAAUCAGUGUGUGUGGCUGUUUGGUUCCAACAUGAAAUGCUUGCUGAUCUCUUGUACUUUGGAGAUUUUUGUCUUCAGUUGAGGGAUAUUCACUAAAAUCUUCUGAAAUAUUGGAAAAAUAAAAAUCAACGUGCACCUGAGUCUUUCCGGCCCAAAAGGGAAAUAUGGUGAGAGUUCCAAAGAAACCUGUGUGCGUUCAUUGGGAAUCAAUGCAUAAGUUAUGCCUGAAGAGUUGGGAGUUGUAUUCUAUUAUAAACCUUUAUCAAGCACACCCACGACCAAAUCCUUGGGCAAACAUUCGGGUAUUUUGUCAGUAAAAGUGUAGCUCAUUUUGUCACGUGUGUUCUCAAUACAAAUAUGUUAUUUUUAGAUUGGGCUGGUCCCAUGUAGUAUGUGGCCCAUUAAAUGGGUACCAGGUCAGUGUUAUCCUCAUAUCUGUGACUGUAUAAUAUUACUAUUAAUGUCUUAGUAUUGAUUAAGAAGCCCUACCUUAAGGUAAGCGGUACCAAUGUACAUUUAAUAAACGUUUCAUAACAAUA